AUGUUCUCAUCUUCGCCUCCUCCCUAUCCUGGUAACGAUGCGCCCUCAGAUGAUGUGACACUCAAGGAUAACACAAUUGUUCCUGAGAAGAACAAGGAACCAACCGUAACAUCCUCGACAUCUGGCCGUUCGGCAAGCGCCAUUCCGUCCACGAACGCUCCAAUUGAAAUGACCACAAUGAACCCGACGGGAACAAAUCCCUCCCAGGCGAUUCCCAACACACCACUAAAAUACGAUACAGCACCGAACACACCGCUUCCCACACAAUUUCAUCAACCAACACCAUAUCCUGGACAGCCGGGAAUGAAUAUGGGAGCACCCGGAGCACCUGGAGUAGCCUGUAUCUCUCCGCCAACCGUUCAACAAGGAAUGGCGUACGCAACAGGACCAGGAGUGAUGCCUGCCUACGCACCCGCUAUGCCAAUGCAACAGAUGUUCGCAGCGCCUACAGCGAUGCCAAUGAAUCCAAUGCCUAUGCCUGCAGCUAUGGGGAAUAAUCCAAGCCAAGCCGGUGGAAUUAACCUUGUUGUAAAUACCAAUGCUAACGCGAAUUCAAACUCGGAUUCAAAAAAUGGGGCUGGCGGUUCACAAAAACCGGCACCACGGCCAUGUCCGAAGUGUAGACUCGGCUACAUCACUCGUGGACAAGCACGAUUCAGAGAGAUGUGCAUUAAAACUCUAGCUUAUGCGACUAUUUGUUGCACUUGCCUCCUACCACUUCAAUUACUUAAAACGAAUUAUGUGGACAAAUGCUCGUACUGUGGUGAGGAGUACGGUUUCCGUGGAGAACUGUUCGAGAAGCCGAAACCACCGAAGAUGUGA